AUGGCCAACAGGCGGUUCUCGGAGGGGCGGUCUCUAACAUAUGUUGAAUAUCCAGGCAAAUUUGUCUAUUGUUUGAGGAGUAGGGAGUGGAAGCCAAGACAAAGGGGAUUUUCAAUUGGAAGAUUGAGUUUUGCUCAUCCUUCAUCUGGUGAACUUUUCUACAUGCGGAUGCUUUUGAAUGUCCAGAGAGGUUGUACUAGCUUUCGAAGUAUAAGAACCGUUAAUGGUGUUACAUAUGAUACAUUUCAAGAGGCAUGUUCCGCCAUGGGAUUCUUGAUAGAUGAUAAUGAGUAUGUUUCUGCUAUUAAGGAAGUUGCUGAGUUAGCGUCGGCUGCGCAGCUAAGGAGGCUUUUUGUGAUGUUGCUGUUAUCUGGUUCCAUGGGAAGACCUCUGUUAGUUUGGGAGCAAACUUGGACUUAUUUGUCUGAUGAUAUUCUUUACCGUAGAAGACACGAGCGAUAUCCUGAUCUUACUAUGAGUCAAGACGAGUUACAGACAUUUUGUUUGUUGGAAGUUGAGAGACUAUUGCAGAGUAAUGGAAAAUCAUUGAGAAAUUAUGCUGGCAUGCCCGUUCCUAAUAACUCUUUAGUCUCUCAAUUUAGCAAUUUGAUGCUGUUGCGUGAGUUGCAGUAUGAUACUGUUUCUUUGUCUCGUGAGCAUGAUGCAGAUCUCUUAAAGUUAAAUGAAGAACAGAGGGUGGUCUACGAUAAAAUUAUUGACUGUGUUUCGAAUAAGAAGGAUGGUGGUAUUGCUUCUCUGUUGUUACCUGGUGGUAAGACGGCUCAUUCUAUGUUCAAUAUUCCUGUUGAUCUGACUGAAGAUACUGUUUGCCGGAUUAAGAAAGAUAGUCCAAAAGCUGAGGUAUUUCGGUUGGCCGAUUUGAUUAUUUGGGAUGAGGCACCGAUGACUAACAAAUUAGCAUUUGAAGCGCUUGACAGGACGUUGCGUGAUAUAAUGGUUUCAGUCUCUGAUAGGAAUAAAGAUUUACCUUUUGGUGGCAAGGUGGUUGUUCUGGGUGGUGAUUUCAGGCAGGUGUUGCCAGUUAUUCCAAAAGGUUCGCGUGCUGAGAUUGUGAUGGCUUCCAUAAAUUCUUCUAUCAUUUGGAAAUACUGCGAAGUUUUGCGAUUGACAACAAAUAUGAGGUUAGCAACCGGAUCGGAACAAUCAACUGCUCAGGAGUUAAGGUCGUUUUCAGAUUGGAUACUUCAAAUCGGUGAAGGUCGAUGUGGAGCAGUGGUCAACGAUAAACUUUUUGUUGAUAUUCCUUCUGAUCUAAUCAUUCCUGUCUUGGAAAAUCCAGUGGAAUAUUAUAGGGCAAUACUUGCUCCGACUGUCGAAAAUGUUGAAGAGAUAAACAAUUAUAUAGUUGACCUGUUGCCCGGUGAGGAGAAAAGUUACCUCAGUGCUGAUUCGAUAUGUGGUAGCGAUGCUUAUUCUGAUGUUGAUGUUGAUUGGAUAACUGUUGAAUUCUUGAAUCAGAUUAGGUGUUCUGGUCUACCUAAUCAUUUGUUGAAGUUGAAAAUAGGCGUGCCUAUUAUUUUGUUGAGGAAUAUUGAUCCGGCUGGGGUUUGUGUAAUGGGACUCGACUUGUCGUGCGAGAUCUAG